AUGAUCACAGUAUAGAAGAUAUUCAUCUGGAUCAGACGAUGAAGAUCAUCCAGCUCCAGAUCUAUCUGUUCAUGUGGUCUCAAGCCACAGAGAGUCUAACAAACACAGCAGUAACUUUAGGAGCUGAUGUGAAUAUAAGCUGUGAUCUUGAUAUAGAGGAGAUUUACUGGUACAGACAGAAGUCACCGGAUCCUCCAGUGUUCAUCUUACGCACUUACAGUAGCACGUAUGAAGGAGCUAAAUAUGAAAACAGCAUCUCUGAAGACAAAUACUCAGUGAAAACUAACAGUCGUCUGUUCAUCAGAAAUAUCACCACUGAUGAAUUAGGAGUUUAUUAUUGUGUGAAAACUAGUGAACCACUAAAAUUCAGCAACGGCACCAACGUCUACAUCAGCGACUCAGUUCACAGGAAUGAGACAGAAUCACAUGAUGCUCCACAACACGAGACACCAUGGAGGAACCUGACCAUUACAUCAGUCCUGUUCAAUGUGCUUUUGAUCAUUGCAGUUAUAGGUUUGGUGAAGAGCUGCCUUGACGCAACCAGAAGAUCUAAAAAUACUUCGGAGAAACCUCAAAGUACCACAGCAGCUCAAAACACAAAUGAUCCACAGUAUGCUGACAUUGAUUUCUCUAAGCUCUCCAGAAGAAACAGACCUUGCCCAGGACCAGACCAGGACCAGACUACCUACUCUCUUCUGCAGCCAACCACAGAGUAA